AUGUCUUCGCAGGGAAGAGGACGAGGACGAUGGAGAGGACGAGGUGGACGUGCACCACGCGCGCCCCGAAUCAGUUCGCCAGCACCUCCGCUAGGAGAGGUCAUUGUCACAAUCCAUGACGAUGAGAUUGAAAGUCCGGCUUCUGAUCAAGACGAUGCCAUGACUCGAAUCACGAAGAGUCAAUACCUGACAUCCUACAACUGGCUUGGCGGGGGAAAGAGCAGAAUAAUUGUUCCAGGUGAGCCAGCAAAGUGGACGCCUCUGUCCGGUCAUCCUACGCUUCCUCAAGACAGGGGUGGAUAUUACCGCGAUCGAAAUGCCGCGCAAUAUCCCACCCACCCCAUGGAGCCAAUGGUACAAGCGAUACUGACAGACAAACCCGAGUUCCCCGUGACUAGUGUGGACAUCAUUGGGUGCAGCACAACAAUGGUCAACCUGCUGGGCUUUGUACGUGGGCAGGACUAUUCCUUCAGGAUGCUGGUCGAGGUACUCGGCGAGACAGUCUUCUUCAUCAGAAGGGAAAACUCACCCACCGGAAUGUAUCCCAGUGUCCGUGGGUACGGGCAUACUUUCCCGGAAGCAUACACCACGUGGAAUGCAAGUGUGGGCGGAUCCCUGUCCCAUCAUCGGGUGCUGGAGUAUGAGUUUGCUGGCAUGCGGUGCUUGAUGCGUUUUGAAGCUAAUGGCUUUUUGCCCGACCUGGUCCCAGAUACCGAGGAAACCGAAGAACAUCCUGUUACUCCGAUGGAAAGUACCGACCCAGAGGGAGCUUUGCCGACCAUCGAACGAGCAACAAUUUCAGAUGUGCCCUCGGUCACUACAGAAACGGCACCGGAGCAGCUUGACGUUGCAAGACAAGGCCGGCGUAUCCCACAGUGUGCAAUCUUUGACCUAAAGACUCGAGCUCGCGCCAAAAGGAACCUGAAGGUCCUUGAGGAAGGAUUGCCCCGGUUGUGGCUUAGCCAGACUCCCAACUUCAUCCUUGCCCACCAUACAGCUGGUUCAUUCAAGCAUAUUCAGGUCCAGGAUGUGCAGAAUGACAUAAAGCAGUGGGAGGAGACCCAGCAAGCGGCUCUGGGGAAAUUCGCCAGCUUACUUCAAAUGAUCGUGGCAUUCGCACGGAGCAUGGAUAACGGAAAGCUUGAGAUCGAGCAUAAGGAGGGUGAGCAGGUUUUGAAUCUGAGAGAACAAGGUGGAGUUGUCAAUGGCGUUUUGCCCCCGGCUGUCGCAAGCAAGUGGGAUAUGUGA